UACGGUAUGUAUUGCCCAGAGAGAAAAUAGGGAGUAGACAUCUUGCUCAAAGACACUUCAACGUAUAGAUGACAAAUUGAUGACAAUCGAACCUGUGACUUCCUGGUCCCAAGUCAGCUAUCCUGCCACUGCUUCCUGUUGGUUAAUUGCAAAUUAUCAUCAUUGCAACAUUCUACAAUAAUAUUGCGAUUUCAUUUUGUCCUGAUAUUGUUUAACCCUAGUCAUUGUAGUUACUGUGGAAUGGAACGUGACUAACACCAACAAAUUUAGACAAAAUGAAUACUUCAAAGUGCGCUUGACUGUUUGCUCAACUGCGUUGUCUGUGAUGUAAAUUUUGUCAUCUGUCUUUGUCUAUGAGGGUCCACAAGGUCUGCUGUGCAUGUUGAAAGGGAUGAUAAAACCAAUCGCACACACAACAAAAAUAAGCCAGAGUGGAAGGGGCCGCAAGCUCAGUGGGGAUCAAAUAACUCUCCCAACAACAGUGGAUUUUUCAUCAUCUAUACCAAAACAGUCUUCACAGCCAGAGAUCGAAGAGUGGAGCUCUUGGGAUGAAGAAGCUCCUACAAGUAUUAAAAUUGAAGGUGGGAAUGGAAACGUUUCCCCUCCUCCAAAUGAUACAGACGAGGAGCCUGACUACUUCAAAGACAUGGCUCCUACAAUCAGGAAAACACAGAAGAUCUUGUUGAAAAAAAGGGAGCCUUUGAACUACCUGGUGCCUGAUGGCUCAGCAGGAUUCUCCAGCAGGCUGGCUGCCUCUCAGGAUAUGAUGUCCUUCAGUCCACCCUCAGCUGAACUGGGAGAAAUGGAAAACUGGCAAGAGGACACCAAUGCCUGGGAGGACGAGUCAGAUGCUGCCUGGGAGGCAGAAGAGGUGCUCAGGCAACAAAAGUUGGCUGAGAGAGAGAAGCGGUUCAUAGAGCAGCAGAAGAAAAAGAUGGAGAAAGAGGCUCAGAGAAUGUUGAAGAAGGAGCAAAAGAUUGCGGUCAAACUUUCAUAACAUUUUAAAAAGCUCAGUUUUGAGCCAAAGAAAUCAGUGUGGAGCAAAGACUAUAUUUAUCAUUAUAUUGUCUUUAAAAUCAAACCAACAGGAUCGUUAUUGGUCACUACGUAACUGUUCGUAAAUUGUCCUCCUGUUUCCAACAGCAGCCAUUUUGGUCUGUUUCCCACCUGCACUUUUAAAAAAUUCAUCAGUCUUGAGAGCAGGUGAUGCACCUGUUUUACUGUUUUAGGCAACAUCUUUAAGAAAGAGUCAGUAACAUCCAUUCCAUCUUAGAGUAAAGGUAAAAUACAGCUUUAUAAUCUGAUUGAACUUGGUUGGUAAUUAAAUGUUAUUUUUCCCCAGGAACAUUUGUAAAUAAACAGAUAUCUCUGCCACGUUUUGAAGCUCUGAUAUCUAAUAAAUUGCCUUUAUUUGGCCUUCUUCUUUUGGCCUUCAAUAUAAAAAUGGAGUGUAAUUUAUUUUAUCCAUCACUGUAAACCAAUGACAUCCUUUGGUUUGCAGAUUAUUGUAUUUUUAUAUUUAUGUUUGUCAUGGUCAGAAAACAAUUUUUUUUCUAAUGAGUAAUUCUUGAUGUUUCACCUUCAUCUCCUUGUGCUGUAUAGCUUUUACUACACUGGAGGUUUGCAUUAUAACAAAGAGAUUUGUAAACUAAACUUGCUAUGUAUAAAUAUCGAUUAGUAUCAAGCCUACAUAUGAAAUAUAGCUGUGGGUUCCUAUGGUUACCUCAUGGCAGUUGGUUUACUAUUAAAUUAUUCAACUCUGUUAUUCUUUAUUAUUGAAUAACACUAUACAGUGAUUGGUGCAUUUUUAUGGCAAAAGGAACAAUUUAAUUCAAAAGGAUUUCAGACCAAUAAACCUGGCUGGACAGGGGGUUUUCUGAACAAAACUGGGAUUUCUCUUUAGAUUUUUUUCCAUAAAUGAAUUUUUGGUACUUGAAUGAGGGAAAAUUGCUUCCGGUGUCCAUGCUGUCAUGGAAAUAUGCCAUGCAAAAAACUGAAAUAACUAGACAUGUUUUACAGAACUGUUGAAAACAGUUUUUUUUUUGUUUUUGUUUUUGUUUGUUUUUUGUUUUGUUUUGUUUUGGUUUUUUGCUCAGUGUUGCUAAACAUUUGCAGGUCUCUGUAUUUUCUGCUUCUUAUUAAAUGAUUCAGUAAAUACUCAAAUGUACCGAUUUCUGUUAAUCUACUUGAUUAGGUGAUUAUUAAGUGCAAAACCAGUGUUAAGAAUCAACUUGGUCAAGGUUGUUGUUUCAAGGAAAAUCGGCAAAAAAAACUAUUUGUAAAUUCUGGGUGGGCGGGGUUUGUUUCGUUUUAUUUUUUAUUUUCUUUUUUUUUCUUUUUUUGCAAAAAUGGCUUUGUUUCAACAUUUUUGCUUUUCUUUGUCUAAAGAAAUCAGUUAUGACCUAUUUUUAUUGUGUUCAUGCUAAAAUGGUGGUAGUUUCAAAUAUGUAGGGACUUUUAUUGAUGAGUCUACAAUUUUGACAGAUCUGACAUCUGCUGUACUGGUCCUCAACAGUUUUUUUAUUUUCCGUAAUAAAACUAUUGACUCAGA